AUGUUACCUCCCGCAGAUGUAGACGACCCAGCUCCACUCUUCUUCUGGGCCGGGGGCACCACCGAGCCGGAUCGCCUCUUCGACAACGACACAUUCGACUUAUUCGACGAGCCCGAGGCCGCCAUUUCCUCCAACCGCGCCGACUUCUUCAUGAGCCAGGUUGACUACGAGUUCGCGCUGCCCGUCAACGAGGGACAGCAUGCCGCGCUGUGGCAUCCACUCGAGACGAUUAUCUCCGACUGGAUUCAACUCAUUCGCAUGGAGAAGGACAAGGUAACACCCCACGAUACACCCUACCAGUUUGGCAGCGAACAGAUUGGCGGGCGCUGGGAGUGGCGGCCAUAUGGCGACGCCCAGCGCCAGUCGCAGUCUGGAAUUUUACUCACGCCCGCUGUGCUUGAUACGGCGUCAGUGCCAGACGGCUUUGCACGCGCCCUUCCGCCCCGCGCACGUCGGCCGCGAUCCCGCCACGUUGCUCCGGGCCUCGCCGUACCUCCCGCAGACGCAGCCAAGUUCACAUCAAUACAGCGUUUCGCACAGAAGCAGCAACCGGGGCUGGAGGAUAUCCCGCCCAUCUGCCUUUUCCCCGCCGCGCAAAGUGACCUUGAGGCCGAUGUGACUGGAUCGCUUGGCCCGUUUCCUGAUCACUCGGAUCUAUCCCGAGUCCACGCUGGUAUCUACAGUGAGUCUGUCUCAAGGAAGUCCUAUGGCAAUGCCGAAGAGGGGUUCUGGCUGUUGCUACCGUUCAGCUUCCAGGGCUACGUUGGGGACGAGGGGGGUGUAGCCGGCGCACGCAAGAGCGACCGGUCUUUUGUCGAGGCAGGCAGGGUGGCCGAGCUCUUUUAG